UACGAUGGUGCACAAGACGAUCCUGCUCUGUGCAUUCCUAGGGUUGACGAGUGCCGCACGCCUUGAUAACCUCUACGGCGCACCGGCACCGGCCGCAUCCUAUCAGGGAAGCGGAGGCGAUUCCAACGUGCUCAACACUCCUCGCCGCGAUGGUCAGUUUGGUGCUCCCGCUAAUCAAUAUCUGCCUCCCACCGCUGGUGGUCCUCAGGGUGCGCAGAGUGGUGGCUACCCAUCGGUAGCUCCCCUGGGACAGGGCCAGCAAGGUUUCAACACUUACAAUCCGCAACCGUCGGGACCGUCGUUCGGUGGUGCCAGCAACGCACUGCAGCCGAGUGGACCGGCAGGCGGAAGCUUCCAGGGCAACUACCAGCAAACCACCCCCAUCCCAAUACUGCGCUACGAAAACAUUAACAACGGCGAUGGCAGCUAUCGAUUCGAUUACGCUACUGGUAAUGGCAUACAGCACCAGGAGGAAGGAUUCCUCCGCAAUCUAGGCCCGGAGAAAUCGGAACAAGUUGUCUCGGGUGGUUACUCCUACACCGCUCCCGACGGUCAGCUCUACAGUGUUCAGUACAAGGCCGACGCCAACGGAUUCCAGCCUGUCGGUGAUCAUCUCCCAACUCCACCACCGCUGCCACCAGCACUGCAAGAAGCGUACGAUCUGCAUGCCCGACUCCACGCUGAAGCCGCCGCCAGACCGCAGAACCCCGCAUACCAAGAGCCCCAAUCGCCAAGCCGUCAGUACGGUGCACCCCAACAGGGUGGACCCCAGCAGGGUUCGUACUAUCCACAGCCCCAGCAGCCGCAGCCCCAGUACCAGCAGCCGCAACCUCAGUAUCAGCAACCGCAGCAACCACAGUACAACCAGCAGCAAACGCCCCAGUUCCAUUCGAGCUCCCCGAACGCGAUCCAAGGCUAUCCCUCGGCACCGGCUAACCAAUAUCUGCCGCCGAACAAACGGCAACAGGGCUUCAACCCCAACACCGGAUACACUUACUAGA